UUUGCGCGUUUAUUUUAUUUAAUGAUUUUAGUCUAUCGUGAUAUUGCUGCAGUUAACUAUGAAUGCAACACAAAAGUUGUGUAUGUAUACGUAUGCAUACGGUCGAGGAGCUGUGUGUGUGCGUGUGUGUUUCUAGCGAUUGUUCUUUAUAUAAAUUGUGAGCGUCUCUAUCUGGAUCAGCCCACGCGCGCCUCUGGUUGCCAUAGCAACUGCCGUGGGUUUACAAGGGGCAGAGGAUGCGAGCGUUAUCACGCAGCUUUUACAAGUAAACAGAUGAGGAUGAGCAAGUGCAUCUCGUGUUCUGCUAGUUAAUCGUUCACCUUUAUUUAACCAGGCAUGGCUCUGAGACUCACUCUCAUCUUUACCCUGUCUCUAAUUGGCUGUUGCGCUCUUGAGGACACUCCCCAGGCUAUAGCCUCUCCCCCUCCUCGAGGGUGUGGUGCUGCUGUGGACCUGCCCUACAGGGUUCUGUGUGACCUGGAGUCCGUAUGGGGUGUGGUAUUAGAGGCAACAGCGUGUGGUGGUACCUUAUCAUCUCUGAUUCUAGGUGUGAUUCUCCUAGCCAAGUUCAAAACGGUAACGGAACCAGAGAAACGAUGUGGCGUCGGCCCUCUCCUCCUCCUAUUGGCCGGGACGGUUGGCCUUUUCAGCCUAUCACUGGUCUUCUUGGUUGGGCGUGGCGAGGUGCUCUGCGCGGUACGACGUGGGCUUUGGGGGACGUUGUUUGCGCUGUGCUUCUCGUGUUUGCUUGUGCAGGGGGUACGACUGAAGAAAUUGGCCGGAGGGAGGCGGAGCCCGGCAGGUAGCUCUCUCGCCGGGCUGGCUUUCGGACUCACUUUGGUUCAAGGCAUCAUCGCUGGAGAGUGGAUAUUGCUCACUGUGGUCCGACAGGGGCACGCGGCCUGUGAUUACCUGCCUUUAGACUUUGUGCUCGUGUGUAGCUACGCUGUAGCUUUGUUGCUGGCGGCCAGCGUGUUGUCGUUGGCUGUCAUCCUGUGUGGAGGCGGCAACCGAGAUGAAUCAAACAGGAUACGGAUGAAAUGGAGGUGUAACGGCGUCUGGCUUUUUCUCACAUGUCUCUCGUCUCUUCUCGUCUGGGUCGCCUGGCUCGUGCUCUAUCUCUACGGCGACGUCGCAGCUGUUGCAAAAGAUUGGGAUGAGCCGGCUUUGGCAGUUGCCUUGGUGACGGAAGGAUGGGUGCUGCUGUUAUUUCACGCUAUCCCAGAAUCCCACCUGUGUCUGCGCCCGGCCGACCAGAGGAACGUAGACGCGGGACAGAAUUAUUACGACACGCCUACAACCGUGCAGGGUUACCAUGACGACGAGCGGCCGACCAAUCCCGGAGCGUCGUACGCAGAGAGUACUCAGGCGUACUCUGUGGAGGAGCAUGGUACAGUUCUACAGGCUGGAGGGUAUCAUAACGGACUGAUACGACCCGCAGUGCCGUUUCGUAGUCACGUUUAUCAGCCCACUGAGAUGGCCUUGCUCAUGAACGCAGGAACGAUCCCAACUGCACCUCCAAACUUUACCGGGAGGCAUCUGUGGUGAAGCGGUUACCAUGGCAAUAACAAUCCUCUUCCUCUCAGUUAGGAUGCACUUUGGGUGACUUCACAUAGUCAAUAGGCACUUUAUUAAAGGUUGAAGUUGGUGAUUUCUGUGCCGCAGGCAGCACCAGUCAAAGAUGCAGCUUUCUUUGGGAAUCCUAACUGGAGCAGCAAUAGCAACAUUGGCUCAACUAUUAGCAUGAGUUUCAGUGCAGGACUAUCUGUUUGUCAAAGCCAGUCUCAAACUCAGUGAACUAGCUAUAUGGUUACUAGUUAUCUUAUGUAUUUUGCACAUUAUAACCCUCAAACAAUGAACAAAACAUAUUUUUGUUUGACUGUCAUGAACAACAUAUACACAAGCAGCUUUUAUUAAUAAAUUCUUUAAAUUUUUAUACAUUAUAUUUAGUUGCUUUACUGCUUAGUCAAACAAUAGUGUCCUGGACGGUUCUUGGUGAGAAUAAAAAAAUUAGCUUGGUGCCGCUCGUGACACAGAAAUUAGACUUCACCUUUAGAGUUCCAUGUUAAUAAUGUGGAAAUGCUUUUGUCAAUCAAGUUAGAGCUGACUAAAAUUUGAUACACAUUUUAAAUAUGAUAGGGAGCACAAUUUUGCACUGGUUGUUUUGAAAUGGACCUCUAGCCCGGAGUAUAUUCUGUUUUUUACGUGUAUGCGAACAUAUGCGGUCAAACACACAGCCUUGCAAAGUAUAGUUUACUUGACUCGUACAUGUACACAUACGUUCAACUCAUGCACAUUGUGACAAAAUGCAAUGCAUCUCCUGGGCUAAAUACUGCGUACUCCUGUAGGCGCAUGCGUGACCUACAUAGACUGUAAAAAAAAGAUAGACAUAGUGUCCGUGACGUCACCCAUUGGUUUGUGAAGACCGUUUUUGAAGCUUAAAGUAGGCCUUGCCUGCUAUCGCCAUCUUGGCCAAGCGUCACCGCGAAUCACUCGCGGAAAACCGAAAAUGGGUAAAGAGGCGGGACAUGGGUGAAGCUGAGGUGGCUGGUUGCUGAAACCACGCCCGCUUAGCUCGAUUCUAGUGACAGCAAUGGCUGUUCAACCAUAACUCAAGUGGCCAUGCCCUUAAUUAUGCAGAAGUUUAAGGCUUAAUAUAAUUUAAACGGAUGAGUUACAAAAAAUUUACCCCCUCACAGUUGUCAUGAAGGGUUAAAUUAGCUAUACAGACCAAAAUCACUUUUUGUACCAGGCUGUAAACAUUAUUUUCUACUGUAAAGUUGGGCAUUUUUAACAUGGUAGUCCAUGGGAAUUGACUCCCUUUUGGAGCCAGCCUCUAGCGGUCAGUCGAUGAAUUGCAGUUUAAGUCACUUCCGUAUUGGCUUCAUUAGAGAUCGAAAGGUUGCCCCUCGCGUUGCACACGUGCACACUCUUUUGAUGAGGAAAAUUGUGUCAUGCACAUUGUAUGUUGACCCCGCAUACACGUAAAAAUGGACAAUACUUUUGCCUUCUCUUAUAAACAUUGUACAAAAUAAGUUUUAUUAUAAUAGAAGUGGCAGAUUGAUUACCAUUUGUAUUACCAUAGUUUUACUACAAAUGUCAUGUUUUAACUAGUUACUUCAGUGAAACAAUGGUAAAUGUUUACUAUGGUUUUACUACAAAGAACAUCCCAGCUAACAGAAAAAAGUUCUAAGAACGUUCCCUGAAAGUUCCCAACGUUCCCAAAAACGUUCUGCCAA